AUGCCCAGAGGGCUCGAUCCAAGGUGUGGGAAAAUAAAUGCGGGGCGGGGAUCGGGAUGCGUGCACCAGACAAAGAAAAAAAAAGGAACAGUGACUAAAUCCUGUCUUCAGAAAAAUAAAAACCCAGAGGCAGGGAUUCGAGUUCUCGUAUAUUACCCUUCCCCGAGGCGUUACGACGCCGCCACAGACUGCGCAGAAGCGUAUCCGGGACGGCGUCCAAUGAGCACAAAACUACGUUUCCCAGAGGGUAUUGGGCUGGGAGGGGAUUGUUCAUUAGUUGUGGCCUGGGCCUCCGGAGUCGUAGCUGCUGCCAGCGCUGAUAAGCUUUUAAAAAUGUCCAACAAAGAAUCUUGUGGAAAAAAGAAGUGUUGCAAAAAAGGUACCACCUCAUCGUCCAACGUUGAUAAAAAAUCUGAUCAUACAGAUAUUCUCUACUGUAAUGCAAAAAUAAGACAAGAAGUGAAGAGAUUCAGUGUAGCAACUGAUACUUCAAGAAAGAGGCCAAAAAUCAGUUUUUCAUUUCAAGGACCUGGUAAACUUCAAGCAACAUCUUUUUCAAAUGAUGACCAGAUUAGUUCACAGAAUCCUUCUUCAAAUGGAACUAAAACAAAUAUCAGUGAAUGUGCAGAGUUUAAAUUUAAAGAUAGUAAAUUAACAAGUGUUCAGAGUAAGUGUGAACCUAAAAAUCUGGGCAGUCCUACAAUUACUAAAGAUUUGAAACCUAAAGCUGCAGGUAAUACAAGUGAGAAAAAAUGGCCUCAUUUACUUGAUCAAAGCCAGAAGAUGAACGAAUUCAAAAAAGAACGGUGCAAUAAAUUUAGAGAGAGUUCAGAAAGAUAUGUCUUAGAGAAAUGCAAGAGCAAUGACUUUUCUAAGGAUUAUAAUUCCAACAAGAUAAUUAAGGAACCACUGAAGCCUAGAAGAAGGAAGAUCAGUUUCAAAAUUCCAGUAAAAUUUCGUGAUAGUCUCCAGAAGAUUGUGGAAGAAAAUGUCUUAAGUAUAGAUUCUAACAAGUCAAAGACUAAGCAGAAGGAAGAAGAAUGCCUGGAAAGCUCCCAGGUUUCAUUAAAUUUGAGUAGGCACAAAAUUGAACAUUUCAUUUCAGAUACUACAUGUAAGACUGUUCGUAAGUGGAAAGCAAAGUAUCAUGAGCAUCAAGAAAGUAACAAUUCAAGUUCUAGUAAAAAUCUAACUCAGAGUUUUGACGCACCGUGUUCUUUGGUACCACCUGAAAAUCUUCAAGAUACAGAUCAAGAGAUGCAGAUCGUAGAAGAGCUUCAUGCUGCACGUGUGGGAAAAACUAUGGACUUAACUGUGGUUCCACCUUAUGAAGAGUUAAUGAAUAUGGAAAUUGACUUGGUGGAAGCUGAUGUACAUUCUUCUACUGAAAAUACUUCUUCAGACAAAAGUCUUCUAAUUGUUAUUGACACAAAUAUUUUGAUGAAUCAUCUCAAAUUUGUUAGAAUUUUGAAGACAACAGAAAUACCAGGCUUUGACAGAUUUGUGUUGAUAAUUCCCUGGGUGGUUGUGCAAGAAUUGGAUCGCAUGAAGGCAGGAAAAUUAUUAAAACAUGCCCAGCAUAAAGCUAUACCCGCAGUUCAUUUCAUCAAUGACAGCCUCAAAAAUCAAGAUAGAAAGGUAUGGGGUUAGUCAAUGCAACUUGCUUCUCAAAAACUUUAUGGAUUGAGUGAUGAGAACAAUGAUGAUCGAGUAUUAAAAUGCUGCCUUCAGUACCAGGAAUUAUGCCCUUGUUCUCUUGUGAUUCUGUGCACGGAUGAUAGAAAUUUAAGAAGCAAAGGCCUAAUAAGUGGUGUGAAGUCACUCAGUAAAGAAGAAUUGAGUGCAGAGUUACUAAAUUUAUCUCUGAUCACAGAUGUGUGCCACCAGCCUUGUAUUUCUAAGCAACAGUUCAAAGCAGAAACAGCAUCUUUGAAAGAAAGUUAUGAAGAAGAAUCCACAAAUUCUGGACUGUCCAUUCUACUAGAAAGCACCAUAUCUGAGCUUGAAAAAUCUCUAGGAACAGCUUUGUCUUCGAUAUUGGAAACGGAAAUGAAGCUAGCUUUUGGAAACCUCUGGAUGGAGAUGCUGUAUUUGAAACCACCAUGGACUUUAAUACAUUUAUUGCAGUGUUUUAAAAAACAUUGGUUGGCUGUAUUUGGAUUAGUUAUGAGAAAGAACUUGCUAUUAACUAUUGAGAGCCUGUAUAAAAAUCUCUGUAAAGCUAAUAAUGCAAUGGAUUUUACAACAGUGAGAUUCCUGCUUCAGGACUCCAAAAGUUUGUUACAUGCUUUCAGUACAAGGUCAAAUUAUGAUGGUGUUCUUCCACAAGCCUUUGCUCAAGUGAACAAACUGCUCCAGACAGUCACAGAGGUCAAGUCAAAACUUAAGUCAAAUCCCUCAGAAAACACUGUCGGUAAAAAGCAGGAAGAUACUUCUUCAAUGAAGCCUAGUAAUCAGGAGAUUACCUCUUUCUUGGGUUCUCAGCUUCCCCAACCCAACAGGCAUCAAGAAAUCUGGUCUGUCCUAGAGAAUGUUUGGAUUACAAUAUAUCAGAACAGCACAGAUGUUUUUCAAAGAUUGAGCUCUACCUCAACUCUGACUACUGAAAAUGUAGCAUCAUUUGAAGAAGCAUUCAUUUAUCUUCAAAAGUUACUGACUGCUGUGAAAGAUAUUCUUGAAGGAAUUCAGAGGAUUUUGGCCCCCAACAGCAAUCAUCAAGAUGUUGAGACCCUCUAUAACUUUCUAAUGAAGUGUGAGAUAAAUAAAAAUAUUAAAUUUACUGCCCAAGAACUUUAUGAUUGUGUCUCACAGACUGAGUAUCGGGAAAAGUUAACCAUUGGAUGCCUCCAAUUAGUUCAAAUGGAAAAUUCCAUGCAGCAGUGCAUUGCAUCUGUAUAUACAGAAGCCAAACACCGGGGAUGGUGUGAAGAUAAACUCAACUAUAGAACCUAA